GUGCGUCCCACCAGCGAGCCACACGCAGGUGACAUCCCCACCCCAAUCCUGCCUGGGAGGGGGUGCUGAGCACAGCACCGCUCAUCACAGGCACUCGUCUUGCCCCCCCUGUUCCUCCUCCCCACCCCGGAGCACCCUUUCCCUCCCCUGGUGACGUCCCCAUCCCCAGGCACCUCCCCGCGCCUCCAUCUUCCACGCGGGGAGGGGAAAAAUAAACACCCCUGUGUCUGUGGGCACAGCGCUCCCCGCUCCCCACGGCGCCCAGCAGCAGGAUGGCCACAAUAGACACCUACAUGCGCCAGCCCUGGAGCACGGUGCACGGCAUCCCUAUGGUCUACGCCUUCGCCCAAAACUGGGAGCAGGUGGACAAAUUCCAGAGCUGCCCUGACGACAUCGUGGUGGUCACCUUCCCCAAAUCCGGCACCACCUGGGUCAGCGAGAUCGUGGACAUGAUCCUGCAAGGCGGCGACCCCGAAAAAUGCAAGCGGGAUUUCAUCGUCAACCGGGUGCCCAUGCUGGAGUUUGCUGCCCCCGGGCAGAUGCUGGCAGGCACGGAGCAGCUGGAGGGCAUGCCAUCCCCUCGCAUUAUCAAGACCCACAUCCCGGCUGAUAUCUUACCCAAAUCCUUCUGGGAGAAGGGCUGCAAGAUGAUCUACGUGGGGCGUAACGCCAAGGAUGUGGCCGUCUCCUACUACCACUUUGACCUGAUGAACAACCUGCACCCUCACCCGGGGACAUGGGACCAGUACCUGGAGGAGUUCAUGGCAGGCAGAGUGGCCUACGGCUCCUGGUUCGACCACGUGAGGGGCUACUGGGAGCGCCGGAAGGAGCACCCCAUCCUCUACCUCUUCUAUGAGGACAUGAAGGAGGACCCCCGCCGGGAGAUCACCAAGGUGGCCCAGUUCCUGGGGCAGGAGCUGUCGGAGGCGGCACUGGAGGCCGUUGCCCACCACACGUCCUUCGAGGCCAUGCGGGACAACCUCAGCACCAACUACCGGGUGGUGCCCUCCAGCCUCAUGGACCAGGGCAUCUCCCCCUUCAUGCGCAAAGGCAUCACUGGUGACUGGAAGAACCACUUCACCGUGGCCCAGAGCACGCGCUUCGACCAGCUCUACGCGCAGAGGAUGGCGGGCACCGACCUGCACUUCCGCACGCACAUCUGAGGCCCACCCCAGCCCUGCACACUCCCCCAGAUUUCUGCUUUUAUGAAAAUAAAAGUUUUCCUUCUGCCUUUCC